GACCGCGCAGCGCAGCGGGCGCCACCAUGGAUUUCCAGCAUCGUCCCGGGGGCAAAACGGGAAGCGGAGGCGUCGCCUCCGCCUCCGAGAGCAACCGCGACCGGCGGGAGCGGCUGCGGCAGCUGGCGCUGGAGACCAUCGACAUCAACAAGGACCCUUAUUUUAUGAAAAAUCACUUGGGCUCUUACGAAUGCAAGCUUUGCCUAACGCUGCACAACAAUGAGGGAAGUUACUUAGCCCAUACCCAGGGGAAGAAGCAUCAGACCAAUUUGGCCCGUCGAGCUGCCAAGGAAGCUAAGGAAGCUCCUGCCCAGCCUGCACCAGAAAAAGUCAAGGUGGAAGUGAAGAAAUUUGUGAAAAUUGGAAGGCCGGGCUAUAAAGUGACUAAACAGAGAGAUCCAGAAACGGGCCAGCAGAGCCUCCUUUUCCAGAUUGAUUACCCGGAGAUUGCAGAGAGCAUCAUGCCGCGGCAUCGGUUCAUGUCAGCCUAUGAGCAGAGGAUCGAGCCCCCCGACAGGCGCUGGCAAUACCUGCUGAUGGCAGCAGAGCCCUACGAAACCAUCGCCUUCAAGGUGCCAAGCAGAGAAAUUGACAAAGCAGAAGGAAAGUUUUGGACCCAUUGGAACAGGGAAACCAAACAGUUCUUCCUGCAAUUCCACUUCAAAAUGGAGAAGCCGCCGGCUCCCCCAAACCUCCCGCCAGGGCCCCCAACCGUGAAGCGGCCGCCGCCGCCUCCGCUCAUGAACGGGCUGCCCCCGAGGCCCCCGCUGCCCGACUCGCUGCCGCCUCCGCCGCCGGGAGGGAUGACUCUGCCGCCGAUGCCGCCCUCCGGGCCGGUGCCACCGCCGCCGGUGCCACCUCAGCUGCCACCAGCACCCGGCGUCCCCCCGCCUGCUCCUCUGCCCCCCAUGAUGAGACCUCCGCUCCCCACCGAGGGGCCGGGCACUAUCCCGCCUCCGCCGCCCUCCAACUGAAGCCCCUCCUGGACUCAGUCCCACCGGACUCCUUCGGCUUGUAUUUUUUUACAUGCGCAUCAGAACUGAUUCGGAUAAUUGUUUUUUCCUAUUUUAUAUCCCUGUGAUUUUGACUAAAUCCAGUAGGUCCAUUAAAAGGUUUUGAGCUUCGCUUU